AUGGCCACUGAUAAGCAGAAAGAAGAUGGGAAACCAAGGAAGAAAUGCCAUCGAAGAAACUUGCAGAUUGAGGAAUUCCCCACAUUCACCAAAUGGUUAGGGCCACGCGGUCGUUCAAGUUCCCACGACGAUACCAGUUCCAAAUCUUAUAAGCGAGGUGUUCCCUAUCCUCCUAUUAGGAGGAUACCUCGAGAUUCGUCGAGGGGAGGUGGUGGGGUAGUUGCCUGUGAUGUUCCCAAGGAAGACGGAGUGGCUAUAGGCGAGUCGAUAUCUGCGCGAGGGGGUUGCUGCUGUUGGCAACGCUCCAAAUCUACUCAGCGGGAGUGUGGACUCAACUUCCAUUUCUCUCUGAGGAAGAGCAAGGUUGUUACAAAUGUUUCAGAGGAUGUCGCUGCUGGCGUUUCCGAUGUUCGGGAGGAGCAGGUCGUGGAAGCGGGUGCUGUUAUAAAUAGGGAGGGGUGUCGUUGUAGAUGUUCCCCAACGUUCCUUAUCUGCGGGAGGAGGAAGGUGUCGCCCACCGGAGUUCCGUACUUUCCUGAAAAGAGGAGUGGCCGUCGAAAUUCCAGAUCUACUAGACGACGAUGCUCACCGGUGGUUGACGCUCCAAAUCUUCACAAAGAGGAGGGACCAGCAACUGACGGCCCUGGUGUGCUCAAGGAGGAAGUGGCUACUAGUUGUCCAGAUUUGGUCAAGGAAGGAGAGGCCAUCGCUGCUCCAGGUCCAUGCAAGGAGGGGAGUGGAUCUUGUUGUUCACAAUGGAAAUGUUUGCCGUCGUUUCCAAUGUGUGGGAGGAAACUAUCUGUCGUCGAGGAAGAGGCGACUAUCGAGGAAGAGGUGAGUGUCGAUGAUCCAAAUGGGCCGGAGGUUGAAGAAGUCGCUAAUGGUCCAGAAUUAGUGAAGGAAGGAGAGGCCACAGUUGCUCCAGCUCUGUGCAAGGAGGGGAGUGAAUCCUGUUCACAAUGGAAAUGUUCGCAGUCGAUUCCGAUGUGCGAGAGGAAAGUGGCUACCGGCGAGGAAGAGUUAACUGUUGUCGAUAUUCCAAAUUUGCUGGAGGUAGAAGUCGCUAAUGGUCCAGAAUUAGUGAAGGAAGGAGAGGCCACCGAUGCUCCAGCUCCGUGCAAGAAGAGUGGAUCCUGUUGUUCACAAUGGAAAUGUUUGCCGACGUUUCCAAUGUGCGGGAGGAAAGUGGCUACCGGCAAGGAAGAGUUAACUGUCGUCGAUGUUCCAAAUUUGCUGGAGGUUGAAGAAGUCGCUAAUGGUCCCGAAUUAGUGAAGGAAGGAGAGGCCACCGAUUCUCCAGGUCCGUGCAAGAAGAGGAGUGGAUCCUGUUGUUCACAAUGGAAAUGUUUGCCGGCAUUUCCGAUGUGCGGGAGGAAAGUGGCUACCGGCAAGGAAGAGUUAACUGUCGUCGAUGUUCCAAAUUUGCUGGAGGUUGAAGAAGUCGCUAAUGGUCCCGAAUUAGUGAAGGAAGGAGAGGCCACCGAUUCUCCAGGUCCGUGCAAGAAGAGGAGUGGAUCCUGUUGUUCACAAUGGAAAUGUUUGCCGGCAUUUCCGAUGUGCGGGAGGAAAGUGGCUACCGGCAAGGAAGAGUUAACUGUUGUCGAUGUUCCAAAUUUGCUGGAGGUUGAAGAAGUCGCUAAUGGUCCCGAAUUAGUGAAGGAAGGAGAGGCCACCGAUUCUCCAGGUCCGUGCAAGAAGAGGAGUGGAUCCUGUUGUUCACAAUGGAAAUGUUUGCCGGCAUUUCCGAUGUGCGGGAGGAAAGUGGCUACCGGCAAGGAAGAGUUAACUGUCGACGAUGUUCCAAAUUUGCCGGAGGUUGAAGAAGUCGCUAAUGGUCCAGGAUUAGUUAAGGAAGGAGAGGCCACUGUUGCUCCAGAUCCGUGCAAGAAGAGGAGUGGAUCCUAUUGUUCACGAUGGAAAUGUUUGCCGGCGUUUCCGAUGUGCGGGAGGAAAGGGGCCACCGGCAAGGAAGAGUUGACUGUCGUCGACGUUCCAAAUUCGCCGGAGGUAGAAGUAGUCGCUAAUGGUCCAGAAUUAGUUAAGGAAGGAGAGGCCACCGUUGCUCCAGGUCCGUGCAAGGAGGAGAGUGGAAACUGUUUUUCACAAUGGAAAUGUUUGCCGUCGUUUCCGAUGUGCGGGAGGAAACUGUCUGUCGUUGAGGAAGAGGUGACUGUCGAUGAUCUAAAUGUGCCGGAAGUCGCUAAUCGUCCAUAUUUGGCCAAGGAAGGAGAGGCCACCGUUGGUCCUGAUCCACGCAAGGAGGGGAGUGGUUGCUGUUCUCCACGACUGAAAGAAGUGUCGGAGCUUCAGAUACGCAGUUCGAAAGUGGCUGCCGGCAAACAAGAGAUGACCGUCGAUGUUCCAAAUGUGCCGGAGGUAGAAGAAGUCGCUAAUGAUGUUGUAAAUAAGCAGAAGAAGGAAGUGGUCGGCGAUCCAAAUACCGGAGAGGCGGUGGCUUCCUGCGGUUCUUCUUCUAAUCGUAACAAGGAGGAGGAGAAGAUCAAUGCCAGCGUUCCAGAAUUGCACAAAAAAGGGAGUGGCUGCUGUUGGUUUAAAUGGAUGCCGGCAUUCCUGAUUUGCGGAAGUAAGGUGGUUUCCGACGUUCCAAAUCCAAGCAGGGAGGAGAAAGUAGUCGCUGGUGAUUCAGAUAUACAGAAGGAGGGAGUAGGCGCAGCGGCUGCGGCUGCUGCUGCCGAUGCCGAUGCCAAUUGGGAAGUGCAAUCCAAAUCCGCUCGACAGGGAAGUUGUUGGCCAUUCCAGUGCUGCACAAUAUGGUGGCCGUCCAAACUUCUGUGCACGGGGGGGAUGGAUGUCAAUGCCUCAAAUCAUCAAGAGGAAGAACAAGAGGCACCUCUCGGCGAUAACGAGGAGAAGGUUGUUGACGUUCUUACAGUCAAGCACAACGAGAAAGGAGCGGCUAUGGUCGUUCCAGAUCUUCACGAAGAGGACGGUACAGUCGCCGACGAGCAGGUGGCUGCCGUCGACAUUCCGGUUCCCCGUAAGGAAGAGGAGGAGUCUGCCGGUGAUACUCCAGAUCUUAUUCAGAAGGAAAAGAAGGUAUCUUCCGGCAAGGAGGAGGAGGAAAAUGUGGGCUCUGUGGUUUCAGAUUCGGGCAAGGAGGAGGGUGGCUGCUGUUGUUGCUUAAAACAUGGGGGAAAGGAGGAUGGCUGCUCCCGCCGCGACCGCGACCGCGGCCGCCGUCAGAGUUCUAAUUCUAGGGAAGGAUGUUGGCCAUUUCAGAUCUGUGGGAAAGGGUGGUUAGGGCUACCAACAUUUCUCAUUUGCGGUAGGAGAAAAAGGUUGUCAGACAGUAUUUCAUCGGAUGGUAAUGGCGUUUCAGUUUCAGACAUUAACGUGGUGGUGGCUGUCGCCGGCACUUCCAGCGUAUUGGCUAUCGCCGGUACUUCCGGCGGAUUAGCUACCAUCGAUAGUUCUAAAUCUAUUCCUAUGCCUGGGUGUGGUUGGUACUCCAAACCACCGCGGAGGCGGUCGGUGUCUAUUGAUAAGGAGGAAGGUGACAGUCGGUGUUCCAAAUCUUCUAAGCGGAGGAGAGGGUGGUUCCGACGAUCAGGAAGGAAAGAAAAAGAGGGAAAGGAAAGAAAAAGAUAGAAAACA